CCCGACGCGCCCUGACGUUGAUUGACAGGUGGAGGUGUCGGGUUACCGCGGUGGGCGGGGCUUCGUGUUGCUCAACAUGGCUGCGCCCUGCUCGGAUCAACAGGUCAGAAGGUGUUCAUGAUGUCCAGGGAGCAGGUGAGUAUCAGUGAGCUCCUGCUCUCAUUGGACAGUUCAGAUCUGCAGGAGGCGGAGCAAGUCAGAGCGACAGUCAACCAGCAGCUGAGUACAGACAGAGGGGGUGCUGUCCUCUCCUCUCUGGUGGAGUACUACUUGGACUCCUCGUCCUCUCAGGCGGUGCUCCUCCUGUCCUCCAUCAGAGAACCUCAUCACAAGUCCCUGUUGGAGAAGCUGAAUGAGUCUCUGAACAGACCUGGGACCAGACUGGCUGGUCUCACCCUGCUGGGUCACCUGAUCCGGAAACAGCCACCAUGGGUUCAUCACAUCAGCCGCUCGGCCCUGCUGUCGUCCCUGCUGCGCUGCCUCAAGACAGACGGUGACGUGGUGGUCCUGAUCACCGCAGUCCUGGUCCUCAUCACUCUGUUACCCAUGAUCCCACAGGCCGGGAAACAACACAUUUACGACUUCUUCGAUGUGUUCGGGCGCCUCGCAUCCUGGAGCUACAGAAACCCUGGUCACGUACCUCUGGUCAACCUGGUCCACCUCCAUGCAGGUGUUUACUCUCUGUUCCACCGUCUGUACGGGAUGUUUCCCUGUAACUUCAUCUCCUACCUUAGACUCCACUACAGCAUGAAGGAGAACCUGGACACCUUCCAGGAGAUCGUCAAGCCGAUGUUGGAGCACGUGAGGGUUCACCCUGAGUUGGUCACAGGGACUCAGGACUAUGAACUGGACCCAUCCAGGUGGAGGUGCUACGAAGUCCAUGACAUUGUGAUAGAGUGCUCCAGACUGUCUCUGGACCCUCUGGAGUCUUCCUGUGAGGAGGACAUUUACUCCUCCCUGAGAGACCCCCCUUCCUCCUCCUCCUCCCCCAGACCUCCCCCACUGUCCUCCCCACUCCCUCUCCUGGAUCUCACCUCCGGUCCUCUCCACACAGAGACCAUCGGCAGCUCAGGAGGUUCCGUCUGUCCCUUGCUGUCCGGACGCCCGACGCUGCCUCUGCCUCAGCUGACAUUCAACACCUCCUACACACAGGCUGAUGAUGUCACAUGGAGCCCCUCGUCUCUGUGUGGUUUGUCCACGCCCCCACCUGAACCUGCUGCUACAGGCUCCGCCCACCCACUGAGUAGAACCACCUCCAUCUCAGGUGUGAAAUGUCCCUCAUCAGCCUCCGUCCCGGUAACGCCACCAACCGAAGAGAACCAAGGUGGAGGUCCGGUUCCUCUGAGCGACAACCAGGUGAAGCAGCAGCCAAUCGCAGAGCUGAAGGGGUCAUCCAUUCAGCCAGUACCAGAGAAGGAGGAGAGAGGCCAGAGCGAUGUGAUCAACACCGACAGUGAAGAGGUCAGAUCAGAGGAGUCCCACCAGCCUCCCCCCUCCUCCUCCUCCUCCUCCACCGUCUCCUCUCCGUCCCUCCGGCUCACCUCCACCCCCAGCCGCGAUGGGUCGACCUCAGGUUCAUCUCUCCCCCCUCCGCCCUCCUCCACCUCACUCUGCUUCACACCCCCCCACCCCUCCAACACCUCCACCCACAGGUCAAGGGAGGGAAGCCCUGCCCUGUUUGGCCCCACCCACCACGAUCAGAGUCCCGCCUCCCCAUAUGAACCCCUGUUUGAGCUGGCUCUGCCUCGAGCUGCCACACUCUUCAUCGGGAGGAAGACUCAGGAGGUGCUGGAGAGAGCAACGGGGCAGCAGGAGAUGGGGGGAGGAGGAGGAGUGGAGGGGGAGGAGAGGGAGGAGGAUGAGACCUCUGUCUCCCCUCUUGAGGUUUUGGACCAACUGAUUGUCCACGGACAUGAUGCCCAUGAACACCUCAGCAGAAGGUUGUCAGCAGUGAAUAAGUCGGUGGAUCGGAGUCAUUUUGGAGGUAAACAGCAGAGCAUGAAAACCAAAGGCCCGGCCCUGGGGGAGGAGCUUCAGUCUCUGAGGAGUCAGUUGUUGCUGAUCCACAGUCAGCUUCAGUACGAACGUUUCAAACGGCAGCAACACGCCGUCAGAAACCGCCGCCUGCUGCGGAGAGUCAUCAACGCCACCGCGCUGGAGGAGCAAAGCGUCGCCAUGAAGGCCCAGCUCGGUGUUCAGAACGAGGAGAUUCGAUCUCUGAAGUUGAGUCUGGAGGAAGAACAAAGACGUUACACACAGCUUCAGCAGGACACACACGCACAAACCAAGCAGCUGCACACACGCAUCCAACAACUGCUGCUGCAACAACAGGACGAGCAGAGAGAAAACCAGAGACUGCAGAGCGAGCUUCAGGAGUGUCAGAGCAAGCUGAGAGAUCUGGAGGCGGAGCUUCAGAAAGCCAAUAACAAGGCUUACAACGCUGAACACCAGCUGACCCAGCUGUCACUGAAGCUGUGCAGCAGCGAGCAGCUGCAGCAGCAGAUGUUCCUGUUGAACCAGCAGAUCGUCCUGCUGAGAGAAACUAACAGAAUUCUGACUGAACAGCUGGAGGGAGUAGAGACCGACCACUGGACUGAGGCGUCCAUGCUGCAGUGCAGUGUGGGUAAGGAGUACCAGCGUCUGAAGGACAGUGAGGUCCAGCAGAGACAGAAGCUGGAGGCAGCCAAUCACAGGAUAGCAGAGCUGGAGAACCAGCUGGCCAAGAAGGACCAGCUGAUCUUGGAUCAGAAGAAACUUCUGGAGGAGACCAAGGCCCAGAGCAGAGCUGAGCUGUCGGCCUGCGAGAGUCGCUGUGUCGCUCUGAGGAGAAUCACCCAGAAUCUACAGACGGAGAUGCUUCACCUGUACAGCCAGGUCCACCUGGACGCACACGCACUCAGCCUGCCUCAGGACGUCUGCAGCAGGCCAAACGGCGGCAGUGUCGCCUUACCCGUUGCUCAGGGUAGCCUCAGGUCCUGCCCCUCCUCUUCUUCCGUUGGUAUAGUAAACGGAGCUGUGGAGGCUCUCUCCACCUCCCCCUUGCACCUCGCCUCCUGCUCCUCCUCCCCCCUCUCCCUGUCCCCCAUCGACUCCCCCCUGGCCGUCGGCUCGUUCCUGGAGCAGCGAGCACGGCAGCUAUUUAGAUCGACCAAUCACAGCCAGGAGCAGGAGGAGCCACGGGAAGCGGAGGCGCAGGAGGAUGAGGAGGUCCAGCCAGAGAGCCUUCCCCUGGGUCAGGCGGCAGAAGAGGCCACCCUCCUCUCAGGGAGCCCCCAGACGGAGCCUCCGAGCCAGGCAGCAGCUCCCAGCAUCCCUGCCUCUAAACCUCCGGCUCUGCCUCCAGGUCCUGCCCCACGGGCAGAGCUGACCCUCACUGUUCGACAGAGGAGACACGAGCUGAGCAUCAUGGACUACGAUGAGACGCUGCCGGAGUACUGACGGAGGACCAGAGACCGGCCAAAGGGAGAGAUUAGCGGCAGUCCAGGUGUCAGCAGACUACCGCUGACUGGGUAGAUACCCUGAGUCUGUUUCCAUACACCUGUUUUUAUUCACGUUUUCAGCCUGUGCAUUAAAAACACCUGAGUGGAAACCUCGGAAAUACCAAAAAAAUCUGUAACCAAUGAUCCGGAGUUAGCGAGAACAUGACACUGCCUUACUGUCGCCCAAAGACCCGUUUUCCACGCACGUUACAAACGCAUCACAGGAUGCUACAGCAGCAUCAAAACACUAAGUGAAAUCAGACACUGGCAAUACAAUGUACAGUGGACUGAUGAGUAACAAUAUUGUAAUGAUCAAAAGUUUCGUUAAUUUAUAAUUAAAGCUGCAGUAAUCUACCUGUUUUCGGCAAAAAAAAGCUGCAGGCAAAACAUCGGACAUAUUAUCAUCUUAUGAAGUAGUUUGUGUCUAAUAUGUGAUCGAACAGCUUCAUAUUUCCACAUCCAGCAGUUACAGACCGACGUGAUCAUAACACUGACGGAGUCCACAGUUGAUUGUGGGGUUCUUCAGGGCUCUAUUCUCGGUCCUUUGUAUUUUCUAUUUACAUACUAACAUGCUGGUUUAUUUGUCCGUAAACCAUCAGACGUGUCCGCUCCCGACACAGACUUUCAUAAUCUCCUACCUUAUGUAUGUAGCUAAAUUUCGAAUUGAUCAAGACACUGGCUUCUGUGUUCCGUUUUUCUCCGCUAAACUUCUGACUUGAAGCAUAAACAGACUAGUUUUUGUGUAUUUCGAAACACGUCAGAAGCUCACAAACUCAUUUUGCAGUCAAAUAGUCUGUGGUGAGACGUCGGCUGCAGUAACAGGCCUCAAUGUUGCUGUGAUUAAGUGGUUAGCGUGCAUCUAAACUCACCAGAAUGUUCCCUCACUUCGGGAAAAAUAUCUCCUCAGGUUGGCAACUCAGGAAGUCAGAGUCAGCUGACAAAGUAGAGAGCAGUUUGUUUUUCUGUGCGUUCAGCCCAGGGACAGGUACAGGACGUGUUAAGCCUAGCUUAUGGGAAUAGUUUUACAUUGUGAGAAAUACUGUUGAACUGCUGCUUCUAGUCUUUAUGCUAAGCUAGGCUAACUGUGUUCCGGCUCCAGCUCUGUACUUAUGACGUGUUCAGGUUAACAUAAUUAAGAGUUUCGGACUUGUAAGUAUUGUUCACGUCAACUUCCAAGUCGUAAUAAGGACUUUGAAACUAGGACUUUUCUGAGGAAAGCAAACAAACAUGGUCACUUAACAUCGACCAAAGUCUGUUGUUCUGUUCAUUAAAGUCAGAUUAUAAAGGAUCUGGUGUUUUAUUGUCAUGGCGCAGUAUUUUAACCCUCACACGACCAACUCUGUAAUCACACAGUCGGCUUGAUGGCGUAAACGCUGGCAGGUCUUAAACGUGAGAAUCUUUCCAUCUCCGCCAUCCAUCGCGUGACAGAGAAAUGAGACUGAUAUCCAUCUGACUCAGAGAGAAAGAGAAGAACACUAUUUUCCAAAUGUUGAACUAGUCCUUUAAGCCAAAAACGGAGGGGGAUCAGUUUCAGAUCAGGAUAAAAACAGAUGACAAUCCAAAGACUUUCUCUGAAUCCAGCUGAUUAAACCGAAUGAAUCGGACUCACUAAUAAUUCGGGGGGGUUUUUUCUUUCUUUCUCAUUGUUGGGCAGCAACUCAACACGGCACCUUUUCCGCGGCAGUGUUGCUGCAUUCACCUCGGAAACAUGUUGCUCUCAGGAAGCAUCGAAAAUCUGUGCUUGUUGCCAGCAGUUGUGUUGCUCUGUGUAUCACCAGCCUGAAGAGACGGAUGUUAAAACUGUGAACACUAAAAAUAAAGCCUUCUGAAAUCUCUGAAA